AUGGCGUUCCCUUUGGGAGCCCUCAUGACCUCAUCAUUGUUCUUUCUUGUUGCCUUUGCACUUCCUAAUGUCCAUGCAAACAUUAGCUCCUCAUGGAGAUAUGCAGCUCAUAACAACGUUGGAAGAGACAACAAGAUGGUUAACCUCGAGCACAACCACCCCGUCUUUGGGCCUGGUCCAUGGAGGCUAGCCCAUGCUACCUUCUAUGAGGGAGGUUCCGGAACAUUUGGAGGAGCUUGUGGGUAUGAGGAUGUGGUUAAAGAAGGUUAUGGCCUAGACACGGCAGCACUGAGCACAGUUUUGUUCAAGCAGGGUCAGACAUGUGGGGCAUGUUAUGAGAUCAAAUGUGUAGACUCUCCUCAGUGGUGUAAGGCAGGCCAACCCUCUAUUUUUGUCACCGCAACAAACCUUUGUCCUCCCAAUUAUUCUCAAUCCGGUGACAAUGGAGGAUGGUGCAACCCACCACGCGAGCACUUUGAUUUAGCCAAACCUGCAUACCUCAAAAUUGCAGCAUACAAGGCUGGCAUCGUGCCAGUCCAAUAUCGCAGGAUACCGUGCAAGAAGCAAGGUGGUAUUCGGUUCACUAUCACUGGAAAUCCUUACUUCAAUCUAAUAAAAGUGUGGAAUGUUGGAGGAGCUGGGGACAUCACAGCAGUACACGUGAAGGGUGACAAGACCAAUUGGAUAGAAUUGAAGCGAAAUUGGGGUCAGAAAUGGGCGACUAAUGCCAUGUUAGUGGGAGCGACAUUGACCUUGAGGGUGAGAGCUAGUGAUGGCAGGUACUCCACUUCAUUGAAUGUUGUCCCCCACAAUUGGCAAUUUGGUCAGACCUUUGAAGGCAAAAACUUCGCAUAA